ACACUCUUUCACUCGUAGUCGGCAGCAGGCUGCUUUGAUCCCAACUCAACUUUUUCGCCUUCCAACUUUCUCUUUGUUACUUUCUUCAGGACAUAUUUCAGCUCCACUCGCCUCACUACACAAAAAGAUACACGCAGUACUUCACUUUAGAUAUACAUCAAGAUGACUGGUAGACGCAAUGGAAACCGCAUCCGUGGACCACAAUCAGCCUUGACCGACUUCCUUUCCUCACACAACAUCUCCGCACAGCAGAUUCGCGAUGACUACGAACGCCGCGUGCGCGAAGCAGCACAGUCAGAGAAUGCCGGAGAAGGUGGUUCCAAUGCACCGGCACCACCUAGCGACCCGGACGCCGAAGCUGCCGCCGCUCUAGCAGCAGCAGACGCCGCAGACGCUGCCGCCGAGAAGACCAGGAAGAGAAAGAGAAAGGAGGAGGCAGCCAUUGAGAAGAUCAAGAAGGCAAAGGGAUCCAAGGGUGGAAAGAAGCAGAAGAAGAAGGCACCUGGCAGUGACGACGAGGAUGAUGAUGAUUUCGAUAUCCUCGAUGUCAUGUAUACCAAGGCCGCUCCUCUGCCUGGCCAAUUCGAGAACUGCGAGGUGUGCAGCAAGCGAUUUACUGUCACCCCAUACAGCAAGACUGGUCCGGAAGGAGGUCUUGUCUGCACACCCUGCGGCAAGGAGCUGGCCAAAGACGGAGAUGCAGCAGCAGGAAAGAAGACAAGGAAGCCUCCAGCUGGAAGAAAGAGAAGACAGGUUGAGAGCGAGCGCUUGAAUGGUAUCGCUGUUGGUGGAGCGAAGACACUACAACAGCUCUGCAUUGAAAAAGUCGCACAGUACCACGAGGACGUUGAUGAGCUUGGAGAGUUGCCCGAGCCUGUCAUGUUGCGCCUGGCUGAGAUCUUCGCGAAGAAGCGCGUGCUAAACCCCAAGACUGUCAAGCUCUUUGUACGACCGGACUCGGAUGCUGUCUGCAUUCACGAUGCUGCAUAUCUGGAAGUUGAAGACUACAAAGGAAUCUUCGCCGUUGCCCCUGGACUCAAGAAACUCGUCCUUCGCAAUGCCUGUCAGCUCAAGGACGAAGUAAUCGAGUACAUGAUGGAGAAGUGUGAUUCUAUCAACUUCAUCCAGUUCUAUGCCGGCAACCUGGUGUCGGACGAGAUGUGGUGCAGACUCUUCCAGCGAUACGGCAAGCAACUCAGAGCAGUCAAGCUGUCCUGGUUGGAUGCCGCGUUCACCGAUGAUACCGUACAGGAGCUUGUCAAGAGCUGCCCGGAUCUGAUUCGUUUGAAGCUCAAGCUUUGUCGCAAGCUUACGGAAGAGUCCAUCGUUGCUCUUGCUGGACUGACCAAUCUUGAGCGCCUGUCGUUACAGACUGGCGUUCAGCCGUCAUGCGAAGCUGUUGUCAAUCUCGUCAAGUCUGUUGGCACCAACCUGCGCACACUGUCCUUCGAGGACUUCCUCGACAUUGACGAUACUGUUCUCGCGCAGAUCAAGGAAUCCUGCUCCAAGCUUGAGAAGUUUCGCCUGUCAAUGAACGAUGUCGCAACAGAUGCUGCUUACGCCAAUCUCUUCACCAACUGGAAGAAUCCUCCCCUCACCUUCGUCGACCUUAGCGGAACUCGCGAUGUCGACAACAAUAAUCCCAAAGGUCCUGAAGAAGCUAUCGGUCUCGCCUCUGCUGGCUUCAAAGCUUUGAUGGAACACUCAGGCUCAGCAAUCCGCACACUCGACAUUGCCUCUUGUCGUCACAUCAGUCUGGAAGCCUUCCUCGAUGUCUUUGGCAGCGGCAAGACAUACCCUAACCUCGAAUCCAUCAACUUCAGCUUUUGUAGUAGCAUGGACACCUCAGUGGUCGCUAGUGUCUUCCGCAGCUGUCCAUCUAUCAAUAAGGUCAUCGCUUUCGGCUGCUUCGAUGUCACUGACGUUGUUGUACCCAGAGGUAUCGCCUUAAUUGGCGUUCCUAAGGCCCAGGAUGCUAUCGAGCAGAUUGGUACGGGUAUCGAUGUUGCUGAAGCCCUUGGUCGCAUGGUCGACGUUGGCGCUUGAGAAAGUGACGAGCAAUUGAUUCUACUGCUUCUCCUGGCAUCAAACUUUUUUUCUCUUUCUUUACAUUUCGGCAUUAGCAAGGAGUUCUCAUGGCGUUCUUUUUUUUCCACAUUGCGCGAAGCUGCUUAGAAAGGCGGCGGCCUUUUUCCAUCACAAAAGAUCGCAAAUAGCGAUCAGAGAUGAGCUUUUUCUCUACACAAAAGUAAUACAGUAUUUUUUUCGGCCUGCACACAAGGCCUUUUGAUCACCAUCAU